AUAUGGCCGAAUUUUAUUUGUAAUUUUUUCCAACUUCCCAUCUCUGUCGAAAACCCUCGGCUAUGUCAAAAACCAUCGCGUGAACGAAACUUUCAACUUUCGCGGUACAGUCGCCAUUAGAGCUGGGACGAUAACGACGGGAUCGUGGCUUACACUUACGAUAACUCCCAUCUUUCUCAUCAUUCCGCUCUGCUCCUACUAGAAACCAUUGAGGAAGAAAUAGUUAUCAAAGUACCAAUUGCCUCUUUCCCCCGAGGCAGGGGAUUUUGAGCUAGAAAAUGUGCGGAAUAGCUGCAGUUAUCAGUGGGAUUCAGAUCAUCGGAUCCAAUCUUUCCAGGAAAACGAAGGAAGCUUCGCCUUUAGAAGCCAAAAAGGACUAUGGAUCAGUUCUUGUAACUAUAGAUAACCUCAAGUCUGCUUUGCAAAGAAGAGGUCCUGAUAGCUUGGGGUGCAAAAAUGUUUUGAUUCAGUCAGAAUGUGAAAAUUUGGUUAAAAAAUGCGAAACAACUUGCACAAAGGAUGUAAGUGUCAGUGGAAUGAAUUCUACUGCACAAGUACAUUUCAUUGGUGCAAUGUUACAACUUAGGGGCUUAAGUCCGGUUUCUCAGCCGCUAGAGGAUGCAUCUGGGAAUCUUCUUGUAUAUAAUGGCGAAAUAUUUGACGGUAUACACAUUGCUGAUGAUAGCAAUGACUUGGAAGUUCUUCUCCAUGAACUUGAAACAUGCUGUUCUUUUGACUGUCAUGAAUACAUUGAUGGAUUUUCUAAUUCAGACCAUGGGAAAUCUAUACCUGAUGUCCUUUCAACUAUCAAAGGCCCAUGGGCUUUCAUUUACUGGCAGGAUAAGUCAAAAACUAUGUGGUUUGGUCGAGAUGCAUUCGGUAGAAGAAGUCUCCUGGUCCACUGGCCAACAUGCACCGACUCUAGAUUUAUUCUAUCUUCAGUUUCACCGCCUUUAUUUGUAGAAAACCAUUCAGGUUCAAACUUCAUAAAGAAUGGACUUGAAAAUGAGAUGGCUAAUGUUGUUACAAGUUCAGCAAAUGAAAUUUGCUACUGGGAAGAACUUCCUUGUGGAAUUUACAGCAUAGAGUUAAAUAUCUCAAAUAAAAAUGUGCAAUUCAUGAAGGAAGACUUGUUAGGUGUUGUUCGAAAGCACAGAUGGAGGAAUCCCCGAUUAAGUAAAGUUAUCUCAUGGGAUCGAUUGCUCCUGGAUCCCAAGAUAGAACACGUUCAUUCAAUUCAAACAGAGCAACUUCCACUACCAGCCGAUUGUUUAAUAGUGCAGGGUGAACCAGCACAAAGAGUACUCUCUGCUCUAAGAAGAUCUGUGAUGAGGCGCACUAAAAUGAACUCAAUCUUUCAGACUUCUAUGAAGGAAUGUGGAGAAGUGGAAGCAUCUCCUGUGGCAAUUCUCUUCUCUGGAGGGUUAGAUUCUAUGAUACUUUCUGCAUUACUGGACCAGUGUCUAAACCCACAAUAUAUAAUAGAUUUGUUAAAUGUAAGCUUUGAUGGCCAGUUUGCUCCUGACAGAGUUUCAGCAAGAUUAGGGCUAAGAGAACUUCAGAAGAUUGCUCCAAUGAGAAGAUGGCGACUUGUGGAGAUUGAUGCAACGCUCUUAAAUCUGACAAUGAAAACCACUAAACAUGUAAUGUCGUUAAUACAUCCAGCAGAAACCUUUAUGGAUUUAAACAUUGGUAUAGCAUUAUGGUUAGCUGCUGGUGGAGAUGGCCAUGUGGAUGGACAAAUAUGUAAUUUUCAUCUGGAAGAUCAGCAUUAUUACAAAUACAAAUCAGAAGCUCGUGUUCUACUUGUUGGAUCUGGUGCCGAUGAACAAUGCGCUGGUUAUAGUAGGCAUAGAACAAAGUAUCAGCUUGACGGAUGGCGUGCACUUCAUGAAGAAAUGAGAUUGGAUAUGCAGAGAAUCUGGAAAAGAAAUAUGGGCCGAGAUGACAGAUUGAUAUCUGAUCAUGGAAAGGAGGCUAGAUUUCCUUUUCUGGAUGAGGAAGUUAUUCAAACCUUACUGGAAAUCCCUUUAUGGGACAUUGCUAAGCUGGAUGAACCAGGGGGAAAAGGUGACAAGAAGAUUUUGAGAGAGGUGGCUCGACUACCUUGCCUAGAAGCGGCAGCUGCUAGGCCAAAAAGAGCCAUUCAGUUUGGUUCAAGAAUAGCAAGAGAAUCCAAUCGAAAGAACUAUGGAAGCAAUCGUGCAGCUAAUCAGGCGUCAGUUGGGAGUGUCAAAUUUGCCGAAUUUUCUUGCACUGAUUCUGUGGGUGAAGCGAACUGAUGUCAUCGAAUUGAGAUGGCAUACUCAAGUUGGCUUGCCUUGCCAAUCAGUAAUACUUGAAAAUGAUUUUUGUAGGACGGCUUAUAAAUGAAAAAGCCAAAGCAAUAAUAAACUUGGUAUUAUUAUUAUUAUUAUUAUUCUUUAUCUUGCUUAUGACCCUCUUAUUGUGUCGACAAACUGUUCUAUAAAUGCUU